GACGUUGGCACUAAUCACAGACACCUGAGUAUCGGUUGGACGGUCUCACCCCAAAAGGUUGAUCCUUUAUGUCAAGUCCCCAGAGAGAUCGCUGUGUGCACGUAUCGUCUGCAGAUUUAUUCUCUCGCUUUGGCUCAGCUGAGUGGUCACCAUGAGAGCGCUGUGGUUAAAGCGGCCGGUCCUCUUCCUAAUGGGGACCGGGCUCCUCUUCUACGUGGGCAUGUCUCUGAAGGGAGCAUACGAACAUACAGCGUGGACCGACACAGAGUUGGAAACACCGCGAAUGAUCAGGAGUUUUUCUGACCUGGAGGCAAGCAUCGGCAAGCUCUACAAUGUACUCCGAGCUUUUGAGCAAAAGCAGGAUGUCAUGCAGAAAAUGCUUGAAGAUGACAGACAGAGAAAAGCUGCAGAGGUUCAACAGCAGCCACCAGUCCAGAAGCACCCAGAGCAGAAAGAGCAACCUGAAGCAAAGAUCCAGGAACAAAAGGAGGCACCCAAAGCAGAAAAGUCCAAUAAAUUGUACCCCAACUCUGCCCUGUUCAAGGAGUGGGGUGAGAAUCUGUCUGAGGAUGACCAAAGUGAGGCACAGCGUCUGUUUGAGAAGUAUGGAUACAACGUUUUUCUCAGCGAUCGCCUUCCUCUAGAUCGAGAUCUUCCAGAUACCAGGGAUCCAAGGUGUGCGAAAAAGAGUUAUCCAAAAGACCUGCCAAGUCUCGGCGUGGUGCUGAUCUACCUGAAUGAAGCCCUGUCUAUCAUAAAAAGAGCCCUGCGCAGCAUCAUCGACCGAACACCUAAAAUCCUGCUUAAGGAGAUAAUAAUGGUGGAUGACCAUAGCUCUAAUGAGAACCUGAAGGGGGACCUCGACAUGUACGUGAAGUCACUUGAGCAAGAGAACCCAACUCUUCGUUUUACUAGAGUGAAGCACAGUGAGCAGCGAGGGCUCGCUUACGCCAGAGCCUCUGGGUGGAGAGCUGCUACUGCUGAUGUGGUGGCCAUCCUGGAUGCACACAUUGAAGUCCACGAGAUGUGGGCUGAACCCCUGCUGACACAGAUUAAAGCUGACCGAACAGUGGUGGUGUCCCCUGUGUUUGAUAGAGUCAACUUUGAUGACCUCAAGGUUAUUCAGUACCUUCCAGCAGCACACGCCUUCGACUGGGCUUUGUGGUGCAUGUAUGAGAGCUUUAUGCCAGAGUAUUACAAGCUCAAUGACAGCUCGCUGCCUGGGAAGAGUCCAUCUGUCAUGGGAAUCCUAGUUGCUGAUAGGAAGUUUCUUGGGGAAAUUGGACUCCUCGAUGAAGGAAUGAAAGUGUAUGGUGGAGAAAAUGUAGAGCUGGGAAUUCGUGUGUGGACAUGUGGAGGCAGUAUUGAAGUAGUUCCGUGCUCCAAGAUUGCCCACAUUGAGAGGUACCACAAGCCCUACCUGCCAGACCUGAGCCCAGCCAUGAAGAGAAACGCCCUGAGGGUAGCAGAAAUCUGGAUGGAUGAAUACAAACAUAACAUCAACUUGGCUUGGAACUUGCCAUUUAAGAAUCACGGAAUUGACAUUGGGGAUAUCUCUGAGAGGCAAAAGCUCAGAGAAAGGUUGAACUGUAAGCCUUUCAAAUGGUACCUGGAAAAUGUAUAUCCCAAGUUGGAUCCCUGGGACAACCUACUUGCCUACGGAGGAAUGAAGAAUCUUGAUUCGGACAUGUGCUUAGACCAAGGCCCAGUGCCAGGGCACACACCCAUUGCCUACAACUGCUACUACUAUGGACCUCAAUUCACAUAUUACCGUGCAACUGGUGAGCUCUACAUCGGUGGCCUGAAGUCCCACAAGUACAAUGACAACCGCUGUUUAACUGACAUUGGAAAAAAAGAAACUGAGCCUGGACUUUACAACUGCAAAGAGGCUAUGCAGAAAGGAAUGGGGAUAUACUGGGACUUCACUCAGGGCAAAGAAAUGAAGAACAGACAGACAAAAAGAUGUUUGGAGAUUAAAGACGGCAAACUUCUAAUACAGGGAUGCUCUGGCCAAAGAUGGGAAAUCCAAAACAUAAUCAAAGCCUUUCAAAGUGUGUGAGUGGAAAACAAGAAGGGCACUUCUCUGCUUAUAGAUCAGUGGAUAAUAAACAGCUGAAUGUUUAAAAUAUAAAAGUAAGUAAAUGAAAUAUGACUGCCGCUCUGACUCUUGUAAUUAUUUAAAUGUUCUCUUAUUUGGGAUGGAGAAAGUAAUUGAUUUUGUAAAUCUUAGGUGAAAUGUAUUACCUUUUCCCUAAAAACAGAAUUUUGUAAGUUGGCUUAGCAUCUUAUGUGUUGACAUUAAGGCUGCAAAUAAUUAUUUUCACUAUUUUUCAAUAUGCCAGAUCGACUGCAUAGUCUAAGUUAUUUAAAAAAAAAAAAAAAAAAUACUAACCA